GCUUGACUCUUCAUUCGCCUCCCCCAACCCUCCUCUCCGCUCGCACCUCGCUCGACUCGCAUCCAACAAAGAAAGGCAUUCGGCACUGCAGCUCCAGACGCGGCUGCGACGACUCGGCUCCUCUGCUGAGCCAGAGUGCGCCACCCGCGGAUGAUGCGCUGAGCCGACGACACCAGCACCUCCCAUGGCUUCCACAAGGCGCGACAGCGCCCGGGGCCAGAACCACGACCGGCUCGGCGCCGGCGAUGAGUUCGCCAUGUCCCGCCUCGUCGAAAUCGAGGCUGACCGAGAAUACGAUGCCGGCAUGACCAUCACAGCGCCGCAGAAGAUGGCGUCGGCGUCGGCCGGCAGCCUCUUGACGUCGCUGCUCAGUUAGUUGCCCCCGGGACGAGGUCUCACGGCCGAUGGCCCGCGCUGACACCCUUGUCCCCCCAGUGACGCCUCUCGACGUUGUUCGAGUCCGGCUGCAGUCGCAGAAGAUGCCCACAUCGACGGUCGACUUCUCCCGCCUCGCCCUCACCACCACCAGCCUCACUCCGGCGCAGACGGCCGAGCUCGGAGUUACGGCAUGCUGCCGCGAGGUCUUCUUCGCGGGCAACGACGCGUCGUACUGCAUCGCCGCCCCCCGCAUGGCCGCUCCAGCCGACUGCGCCGUGCAGGAGGUGCAGAAGAAGACGUACACGUCCACCAUCGACGGCAUGCGCAAGAUCGCCCGUAACGAGGGCGUGACGACGCUGUGGCGGGGCCUGUCCCCCACCCUGGCCAUGGCGGUGCCCGCCAACAUCAUCUACUUUGCCGGAUACGACUGGUUGCGGUACAGCAGUAAGAGCCCGCUGUCGGGGCUGUCGUCGGACCACGCUCCUCUGACGGCUGGGUCUCUGGCGCGUAUCUUUGCGGCGACGUCGGUCAGCCCCAUUGAACUGGUACGCACGAGGAUGCAGGCCGCCUCCAGUGUCGGGACGACGAACCACUUGGUCGAGGCGUUCAACGGAAUCCGAGAGAUGGUCGGCGUCCAUGGGUACACUUCCUUGUGGAGAGGACUGACGCUCACGCUAUGGCGCGAUGUGCCCUUUUCGGGCAUCUACUGGUGGGGAUAUGAGACGAUCCGGGCCAAGCUCACGGAUGUUCGCGAGGAGAAGCGGGGUCGGUCUCUGAGUCUCUCAGACUCGCCCCAGCAGGCCCGGCUCAGGUCACAGAGUCAGGAGAACCACACCGAGACCUUUCUCGACAGCUUCACUGCGGGCGCCCUGUCCGGCGCCUUCGCCUCGAUCGUGACCAUGCCCUUUGACGUCGGCAAGACCCGCACGCAGGUGUACCGGGACGGGCCGCGAGGCGCGGUGGGCCAUGCAGCUGCCCAGGCGCCCGAAGAGCUCAGCAUGGUGCGCCUCUUGACGCACAUCUUCAAGACGGAGGGCCUCGCGGGGCUCUGGAGGGGCUGGAUCCCGCGGACGCUCAAGGUGGCGCCGGCCUGUGCCAUAAUGAUCAGCAGCUACGAGGUGGGCAAGCGAGCGUUCCGCGGCGUAAACGAGCGAGCAGAGAGAAAGCACAAGGUCGGCAUGUAACGGCGGCACGGGUUCAUGGGGCAGCAAUACUGCAUCUUUUUGGCGUUUGGGUCAGCGGGCUGUUGGCGGCGAUUUGGCACUCCAUUCAGCUGAUAGACAAAAUGAGUGUACGAUAUGAUUUGAGCAACGGGAAUGGCGGCUUCAUCGCCAUGACCGGAAAGAUAUUAUUCGGUUGUUGACUUG